AUGUAUGAUAGUGACAAUAGAACAUCGCGUAAACACCGUUUAUCCGCUCCUACUCCAUACAGACCAAAGGAAUAUAGCGACCCAAUUAAACCUCGUCCGAACUCUCAAAUACUCCUUCCAACUUCGAUGCAGCAUUAUGACCCCUUUGCAAUGCCUAGUUCUGAUCAAGAAUUUCGCAUGCUUGCUAGAAUACUUAACUGGCCAGCUCAACCCGGUCAGAACCCUGUUACUCAAAUAUCAGGUCAAGUUGGUAGCUCAUCGAUAAAGGAUAAUAUGGUAGAUGGUGGCGAGAUAAUAUUUGAUACAUCAAUUGACCAAGAGGGAGAUAUUCAACAAUCUAAAGGGCAACAUCCUUACAAAAAGCAAUCAACGUUUUAUGUACCUCAUAGCUUUUCAGUGGCAGAUGCAAUGCGACAAAUGACUAAACCGUUACAAAUGCCCGAGGUACCUCCACUCAUUUCAACUAAUUACGGUAAAGAAAUUUUCGAUCAAAUAAAGUCGGAUGAUGAUCCUAGGCUUAUC